AAAUUAUGGAUAGGAUACCGAUUCCCUAAAGAUCGGGAUUGACCAAUAGAAGGAGCAACAAGAGCCGAUGUCUGGGCGGUAUGACAAUAAUAGUCGGAAAGGUGGGCAGGGGGGCGUCGUAUACGAACUGACCUGGUUGUCCGGAUUGGUGGAUGUGUCGCUGACGCUGGAUGCCUCGCUGCCAUUGAAGGAGGAAGCAGUGGGUUGGGGGUUCUUGGCGGCAGCGGGUUGGGGUGUAUUUUCGGCAGUAGGGAGGCCAAAGUUUGUAUUGAUGGAGAAUGUUGUUGAUCUUUUAAAAUUUUCAAGUGGGUUUCAUGGGAGAUAUGCUUUAAGCCGGCUUGUAGGGAUGAAUUAUCAGGCACGGAUGGGUAUGCUUGCGGCUGGAGCGUAUGGCCUCCCACAAUUUCGCAUGCGUGUCUUUUUGUCGAGUGCCCUUCAAGGAAAGAAGCUGCCACAAUUUCCUUUGCCAACCCACAAAGUUGAUAGUAGAGGUGUUAUUCCCAAAGAGUUUGAGUGCAACAAUGUUGAUUAUGAAAACCGUGAUAUCAACCUAAAGGACGCACUCUUUCUUGAAGAUGCCAUUUCCGAUCUUCCUAAGUUGGAUCCUAAUGUCAAAAGAGUGUACUUGCCUUCUGGGAAGCCAUUGGUACCUAACUAUGCUAUCUCUUUUGUGAAAGGGAAUUCGACCAAGCCAUUCAAAAGAUUAUGGUGGGACGAAACUGUCCCAACCGUUGUCACCAGGGCUGAGCCGAACAAUCAGGCAAUUUGUCACCCUGUCGAAGACAGAGUUCUCAUAGUCAGAGAGAACGCUCGGUUACAGGCUUUCCUGAUUACUACAAGCUUUGUGGCUCCAUCAAACAAGUACACACAAGUGGGAAAUGCAGUUGCUGUGCUAGUUGCCAAAGCUUUAGGUUACUCAUUAGCUCUCUCAUUCAAAGGCUUGUCUAAAGAAGCUACCAUGUUUACAUUGCCCGAAGGAUAUGGUGCGAUUCAAGAGCUGCCAGCUGAUCAAACGUCUUCUGCUGAAUUUCCAAAUUGAAGUUUUUGAAGGUUAUUAUUGAUUGCGCUACGGCAUACGUUUUUUUAGUAAUUAUUCUUUUCUUCUCAGCAUCUGGACAAGUUAAAAAACCCAUUGUUGCAGUAAAAUUUAGUUUUGCUG